AUGCUGCUCAACUGCAGUACAUGCAUCAAAGAGCGUCAGAACCCGAAAGAGCCACUCAUGCUGUCUCAGUUUCUUGACCAACCACGGCAAAAGUUAGGGCCGGACUUGUUUAUGCUGGGAAGCAAACCCUACCUGCUGGUAGUGGAUUACUACUCCAGGUAUGUGGAGAUUUACUACUCCAGUAUGAGUUUCAGGGAGCUGCGCUUCGUCCGUGCCAUUGAGUUCACCAUCCAUGAGAUCAAGAACAGGACAGAUCUCCUGCCGGGAAUUACAUUAGGAUAUCAGAUAUGUGACUCAUGCGCUGAAGUGCCGAUACUCAGUCCAGUACACUGCACAGCUGAACCGGUCAGCUGCAGACUGUGGACUGAGCCUCAGAAUCCUGCUUUUUCUAUGCAUGGAGAUUUUGUGAUCGGGGGAGUUUUUUCUGUCCAUAUCUACACGAUAACAGAGCUAAACAACUACACCGGGCAGCCACUGCAGCCACAGUGCUCUGGGAGUAUGAAUUUCAGGGAGCUGCGCUACGCCCGUACCAUGGAGUUCGCCAUCCACGAGAUCAACAACAGAACAGAUCUCCUGCCGGGAAUCACGUUGGGAUACCAGAUAUACGACUCGUGCGCUGCAGUGCCGAUGUCUGUUAAAGUUGCAUUUCAGUUUGCAAACGGCAUGGAACCAUUUUACAAUGAUACUGAUUCCUGUUCAAAAUCUGCAGCUGCCGCUGUUCCUGCUCUCGUAGGAGAUUCAGUUUCCAGCUCCUCAAUUAGCAUAACCGGAAUGCUGGGUCUUUUUGGAAUUCCACAGGUGAGUCACUACGCAACCUGCGCAUGUCUGAGCGAUAAGCGUCAGUUUCCUGCCUUCUUCAGGACCAUACCAAGUGACCACCACCAAGCGGCCGUAUUAGCAAAAAUAGUCAAGUAUUUCGGCUGGACAUGGAUUGGGGCAGUGCGCAGCGAUUCAGACUAUGGAAAUUAUGGAAUGGCAUCGUUUCUAAAGGCUGCGCAGGAGGAGGGAAUCUGUGUGGAGUACUCCGAGUCCUACUACAGAACAGAUCCGCGCAGUAAACUGGAGAGAGUGGCGAACGUCAUCCGGAGAUCAACAGCCCGGGUAAUAGUAGCGUUUCUUCACUCAGGCGACAUGAAGUUUCUUUUAGAGGAACUGGAGAGACAGCCGCCGCCUCACAUUCAGUGGAUUGGCAGUGAUGCGUGGAUCACCCAUCCAGAGUUUCUGCGCUUUAACAUGUGCGCUGGGGCGAUAGGAUUUGCCAUUCCUCUUUCAGCGAUUCCAGGUCUUCGUGAGUUUCUUCUGGAUCUCUCUCCAGCACAAGCACUGAAAUCUCCUCUGCUAACGGAGUUUUGGGAGAGCUCGUUCAGCUGUAGUCUAAAAGGCUCCUCAGGGGGCGCGCGGGAAUGUGAUGGCAGUGAGGAUAUCCGCGCGCUGCAGAACCCGUAUACAGACACGUCGCAGCUGCGCGCAACUAACAUGGCGUACAAAGCUACGUAUGCCAUAGCGCAUGCCAUCCACGGUGUUAUCUGUAAUGACACGCAGUGCGACAAGAGCGCUAAAUUCACACCAUGGCAGAUACUCCACCAGCUCAAACGUGUGAACUUCACUACAAAGAAUGGUUUUCAGGUCUCGUUUGAUUCCAGUGGUGAUCCGGUGGCCGUUUAUGAGCUCAUAAACUGGCAGGUCACGAAAGAUGGUGUUAUAGAUUUCGUGACUGUGGGCCAGUAUGAUUCAUCCAAACCAAGUGGCCAGGAGUUCACGAUGAACAGAGCUAUUACCUGGAUGGAGGGACAGACCGAGGUGCCAAGAUCUGUGUGCAGUGAGAGCUGUCCUCCAGGAACCAGGAAGGCUGUGCAGAAAGGAAAGCCAGUCUGCUGCUUUGACUGUAUACCAUGUGCAGAAGGAGAGAUCAGUAACAAGACAGACUCUUUGAACUGUGUGCGCUGCCCUUCUGAGUUCUGGCCCAAUACCCACCGUAACAACUGCCUCCCCAAGCCUGUGGAAUUUCUCUCCUGGGACGACACUCUGAGCAUCAUCCUGACAGUGUUCUCCAUCACUGGGGCCUUCAUAGCUGUAUGUGUGGCUGCUCUUUUCUACAAACACAGAACCACCCCUAUCGUCCGAGCCAACAACUCAGAGCUGAGCUUCCUGCUGCUCUUCUCACUGACUCUGUGUUUCCUCUGCUCACUUACUUUCAUUGGUCAGCCCUCUGAGUGGUCCUGUAUGCUGCGCCACACAGCGUUUGGGAUCACCUUCGUCCUCUGCAUCUCCUGUGUUCUUGGGAAAACAAUAGUGGUGUUAAUGGCCUUCAGAGCUACAAUUCCAGGCAAUAAUGUCAUGAAAUGGUUUCGGCCUCCACAGCAGAGACUCAGUGUUCUUGCCGUCACUCUCAUAGAGGUCCUAAUUUGUGUUCUUUGGUUGACAAUUUCACCUCCUUUUCCCUCCAAAAAUCUAAAUUACUAUAAGGAAAGGAUAAUCCUGGAAUGUGAAUUAGGUUCAGCUAUAGGUUUCUGGGCUGUGCUGGGUUAUAUAGGAUUUCUGGCUCUUUUGUGUUUCAUUUUUGCUUUUCUAGCACGUAACCUGCCUAAUAAUUUUAAUGAAGGCAAGUUCAUCACAUUCAGCAUGCUCAUAUUCUGUGCAGUCUGGGUUACCUUUAUCCCAGCUUAUGUCAGCUCUCCUGGAAAGUUCACUGUAGCUGUAGAGAUAUUUGCUAUUCUGGCCUCAAGCUUUGGAUUGGUUAUUUGCAUUUUUGCUCCCAAGUGUUUCAUAAUCAUGUUUAGGCCAGAGCAGAAUACCAAGAAACACCUUAUGGGUAAAGGACCCUCCAAAUCUCUUUGA